AUGGUGAUAGCACAUAAUCCGCCACUACACAAAAUUCCUGACAAUGAAUUCGACUAUUGUCCAAGCACCAACGACAACAAAACUCUUCUAACUCUGAAGGUAAACGAGAACAUAUCAACUGUCGGUGGGGGCGAAUUCGAUUGGAGUGAAGCGGCACAAAAAGCAAUAGAAUCAGCUUUUUUCUGGGGUUAUCUACUGUCACAGGUGCCAGGUGGAUUACUAGCCGAGCGCAUAGGGGGCAAGCACACCCUUUCGGUGGGCAUUCUGAUAUCGACGCUGGGCACACUUUUGACCCCCCUGGCGGCGCGCGAGGGCGACGUAUUGGGUCUUAUCGAAGUGCGCAUCAUUAUGGGCAUUGGACAGGGCCUGGUUUACCCUUCUUUGAACGUCAUCCUAGCUAACUGGGCUCCAACAGAAGAGAGAGGGCGUUUGGGAGCUAUUGUGUUCUCAGGUAAAUUAUAUAGAAUAGAAUAGAGUAGAAUGACUUGUUAAUUUUUGUUGACGUGACGAAGUUUGGACAACAA